AUGGAGACCUCAACGCGGUCCGGACAUAAGUUACUCCAGAAGUUCAGCACAUUUCGGAAGCGCGAACAUCGCCACCCACGCUCACUGGACGAUCUUACCAGUGGAAGGGAUAUAAGUGAUGAUGAGCAGCACAGCAGACUUCGCAACGUCACCUCCAAGGAGUCCUUGACUGAUCCUGCACUGUUCCCGAUUCCACCUACAUACACUCCUAUGCCUAUACCAGACCGAGUGUCGAGCGCCAAGAGGGGAGAGACAGAGCGCGCAGACAGCGCCAACGGGUCUAUCAAUCGUGAGCACUCUUCUGGCAGAAGCAAGACAGUGACCCUUCGCGGAGAUUGCGAUGAUGUGUCGCUGAGCUUUUCCGAGUUUGACGACGGCCUCUUACAACCUCGAUCUUCUGUUUCUCGAGUCAAGGACGACGCUCCCGUUCGAGAAAGAUCGAGACCAUCAUCGCUACCAGUCUCACGCUCAAAGACCUCCAUGAACAAUGGUACCUCGCCUCACAACCAUACUAAUCGGCCCUCGCUGGCUUCCGUCCUCUCGGGCGCUCCUCCAGUCCCCGCAACGCUACCGGAGGAGGCCCUAGUCCAGCUGCAAACUCCAUCGCCAGACAAAAGCGGUAUAGUGAACACCGAGCUGGAGGUUGUUGACGAUGAGACCUCUUGGGAUCUUAUCAAGCCGAGCACAGAGGCUGAGGAACGCAAUUUGGAGCUGUACUCGCUGGAAAAGCGGGCGGAGCAGCUUUACAGCCAAGCACAUCUGCGCAUCAUCCUCCAAGAUCCGAAGCUUCUGUCGAAGUUCUCGAAUAUCCUUAGGAAGUGCAGACCGUGGAGGGUCAACCUCUUGACUUACUACCUGGCAGCAAGCAAAGCAAAGAAGGCGCUUGACUACGCAAACUCCCUUGCAGAAGUGCUGUCUUCAUUGCCGCACGACCGAGGUCUUCACCCUUCAGGUGUGGCGACCAAUGCACAACUCGAAGCUGCAGCACAAGAAGCCUUCGAUGCCUUGCUCAAGGACGACUUGCACUACUACAUAACCCACACCUGGAUCAAGGCCGUCAGUACCAUUGUCCAGCGUCGUAUCACCGGGACGCUACCCGUCCGCUUUCUCGAGACAAGCAAUGGCCUCGCUGAAGUGUUCUGUAUCACAGACCCCACCAGGAAGGAUAAUCCCAUCAUUCUAGCGUCGGAAGCCUUCACUCGACAUUCUGGCUGCAGCCUGGAGUACGUUCUCGGCAGAAACUGCCGCUUCAUGCAAGGACCAGGUACGACAGUAGAUUCCUGCCGCCGCUUUGCGAUAUCGUGCCAGGAGAACAGAGACCACACGGAGAUCUUUGUCAACUAUCGUCGCGAUGGCAGUCCGUUCUUGAGUCUCGUCAUGAACGCGCCACUGAUGGACAGCGAGGGCAAAGUCCGCUACUUCCUCGGCGCCCAAGUCGACGUCUCCGGCCUGCUGAAGAACUGCAGCGGCAUGGAAAGUCUCAGUCGUCUCGUCGAACAAGAUUCCGCGCACCCCUCCGGAGCCGAGGAAGAAGUCCUCCCAUCCCCUGACCCUUACGCCGACUUCAAAGCUCUUAGCGAUAUGUUCGACAUGCCGGAGAUUGACAUCGUCCGCAAAAUUGGCGGCUCCCUUCAACGUGGUCUUGAUAGAGCUUACGAACCUGCAGCUGAGAAGCCGGCCCAGCCAUCACCACGUGUGGUCCUGGAGGAUAGUGGCGCCGAGCAUUCUGAUCAAGAUCCCGUGGACGACGUACCACAGGAUGGAGCGGCCUCCAGCCAUUCUCCCUCCCAACUGUUCAAAGACGGCGGCAUGCCAGGAAACCUCUCCGGCGUGUACAAAUACUACCUCCUAAUCCGCCCGCACCCCUCCCUCCGCAUCCUCUUCACAUCCCCCACCCUCCGCACCCCGGGAACGCUCCAGUCGCACUUCCUUCACCGCAUCGGCGGAUCACCGAGGAUGCGCUCCGACCUCGAGACGGCCCUGAAGCACCGCAAGAACGUCACAGCAAGGGUAAGGUGGUUGAACGAGCCGAAUGAGGAGGGCGAGGGAGAGGGGAAGGCGAGGUGGAUUCAUUGUACGCCGCUGAUCCAUUAUUCGGGCAUGGUGGGGCUGUGGAUGGUGGUUGUUGUGCCGCCGUUGCCGGAGGCGGUUAGUGUGGGGGUUAGUGUUGUGGGGAGUAGGGGGAGAGGGGGAAGUGGUGGUGGUGAGGGGAAGGGGAGGUUGAGGUUGGAGCCGUAG